AAAACGCCCCGUUUCCGCGGUGUAAGCCAGAUUCUAGAGACCUGCAGUUUACCCUGGCAUAGCACACUGCUGCAUCGACCGAGUAACGCGCGGAACAAUUACCAGCGUAGCGUGGGUUUCUCUUCCAACCUGGUCUCCUGCCUAAGAAGCAAUCAGACUUUUUGGUGUUUCCUUGAGGCAACAUUGCUCACAUGAUCGGGUCGUUCGCAUGUGCCAUAUCGAUGCCGUAAACAUCUCGUGAUGCAUGGCACAUGUGAACCAACUCUCGACCCCACGCUUCUGGAAUGUUUUCGUGCCUGUUUUGGGGCCGUUUACGCCGUCUGCGCCGGUCGACUGCGUACAUGCUGGUGCUCGAGCGUUCUGCGGAACUACUCCCGCAUUGGGGCUAACAACAUCGUGUCCGAGUGUCAGAUUUUCUUCGAUAACCCACAACACCGAACGCUCAGAUACGGUACCAAUGGUAUUAUUCCGACGGAAAAACACUAGUCUGGUUAAGGGCCUUGCGAUGCCUGUGCUUCUUCAGAUCGAGUCUGCAGUCGCUUUCAUCUCCGCUGAACCGGAGAUCUUGGUGCAGUGUCGGUUGGGGGCAAAGUGUACGGCGUCAACGACCUUUCGAUUAUCGUGCGAGAGCUCUGGGUGGUAUUCGAGGCACCCUGGGGCCGUAUGGUUCCAACCUCGUAUACAACUCUUUCCCAGGCGCACUAGGCCGUAAACCGAUGGCCGACACGGCCCCAAAGAACAGGGUCGUGUGUCUCUUGCAGGGAAUGACAGCUGGUUCCAAGAGAGAAACAUCAAUGAACGCCGCCAAUUCAAAGGUUCCAGGUACACGGCAACGCGCAUCGCAAUUGCCUUGCCGCUCAUG